AUGAGAGAUGUCGUUCUAUGGUGUGGAUUGGGUCUUGUUGGACGCGGUGAAACUUUCAUAACAGUAGGAAAUAUAGACGCCAAGAAAUUAAUAGGAAAUACAGACGUCAAGAAGAAAUUAGUAGUAAAUGUAGACGUCAAGAAGAAAUUAGUAGGAAAUGUAGACGUCAAGAAGAAAUUAGUAGGAAAUGUAGACGUCAAGAAGAAAUUAGUAGGAAAUGUAGACGCCAAGGAAUUAGUAGGAAAUACAGACGUCAAGAAGGAAUUAGUAGGAAAUACAGACGUCAAGAAGGAAUUAGUAGGAAAUACAGACGUCAAGAAGGAAUUAGUAGGAAAUACAGACGUCAAGAAGGAAGUAGUAGGAAAUGUAGACACCAAGGAAUUAGUAGGAAAUGAAGACGUCAAGAAGGUAUUAGUAGGAAAUGUAGAUGCCAAGAAAUUAUUAGGAAAUGUAGACGUCAAGAAGGAAUUAGUAGGAAAUAUAGACACCAAGAAAUUAAUAGGAAAUGUAGACGUCAAGGAAUUAGUAGGAAAUACAGACGUUAAGAAGGAAUUUAUAAAUCAGGAUUGA